AUGUCGUCGCUGCUUCGCUUGUGCGAUUGCAAGCGCCUUAAAUCCGCCCUCUACGAUUGGGUAGUUGCGCCCGUGACAGACACGUGGUAUCGUGAGGUGCUGCUGCAGUGUCCUAUGGACGCCUCCGUACUCGGCGUUGGUGUUGGCGCCGCCGCGAGUCUUUUCGUCAAUCGUGACAUCAUUCAAAGCAAAAGACUCCUCGUGACUGGGGUUGUUUGCGAUGCGGAGGAGGCACGCAAGGCACAAGACGAGGUUAUUAGGUACGAGCUGGAAAACCAGGUGGGCAUCGUACACGCUAGCAUUCUGGAGUACACAGCCCCGCCUGUGGCUCUGAUCUACUUAUCCGGCAGUUGCAUGCGCACGCCAGAGCGGGUGGAGGUGAUAAAGCACUGUUGCCGCAUGCUGCAAAGGCCCGCCGUCAACGGGUACUCAUGCACAGGAGCUGCGGAGGAUGAUGGUAGUGGGGUGCUGGUGUUCACACCGAGCUUUGAGAAAACAACAUUGUGGGGCCUCUACGUCGCACCCUUGGCGCGACGCUUUUUGAAGCUUCUGACGACAAUUGACUUCGGCGAGGCCACGUCCGAAGCGGGGUUUUUGGCGCUGCUCAAGCAGUCCGGGGUGCGGGUAGUGUCUAUGCGGACGCUGCAGGACUCCUGGCUUCGCAAGCAGGUGAUGGUGAUGGCCAAACCAGUGAAGUGA